CCGGCGCAGAGAUGCCGCAGCUACCGAGAGGGGGUUGCUGGCGUGCGGUGAUAGCGCGGGCCCGCAGCGCAGUGCUCUUUGCAGGGCCCCGCGGGGCUUCGGGCGGCCCGGGUUGCACUCGGGACGCCCCUUCCGGAGCCGGCGAGCUGCGGGGCGAGCUUGACAGAUUCGGGGGCGUCUCCGUGCGCCUGGCGCGGCUGGACGCAAUGCACCGCCUGGACCCGGUCGCCUUCCAGAGGGCCUUGCAGGCUGCAAUACAGAAAUGGAGAUCAGAAGGUAGAGUAGCAGUAUGGCUGCACAUUCCCAUCCUCCAAAGUCGAUUCAUUGCCCCUGCCGCUUCCCUGGGCUUCUGCUUUCACCACGCAGAAUCGGACUCAUCCACGCUGACUCUGUGGCUGGGAGAGGGGCCCAGCAGAUUACCAGGAUAUGCUACACAUCAAGUGGGAGUUGCAGGAGCUGUAUUUGAUGAAAAUACUAGAAAAAUAUUGGUUGUACAAGAUCGAAGUAAAUUGAAAAAUAUGUGGAAGUUUCCAGGAGGCCUGUCAGAGCCUGGAGAAGAUAUUGGAGAUACAGCAGUUCGAGAAGUUUUUGAAGAGACUGGUAUAAAGUCAGAAUUCAGGUCCCUCCUGAGUAUUCGGCAACAGCACACCCAUCCUGGAGCUUUUGGGAAGUCAGAUAUGUAUAUUAUCUGCCGCUUAAAGCCAUAUUCAUUCACCAUAAAUUUUUGCCAGCGUGAAUGCUUAAGGUGUGAGUGGAUGGAUCUCAGUGACCUAGUCAAGACUGAAAAUACAACUCCGAUCACCAGCAGAGUCGCUAGGCUGCUGCUGUAUGGAUACAGAGAAGGGUUUGACAAGAUUGAUCUGACCAUGGAAGAACUUCCAGCAGUUUACACAGGCUUGUUCUAUAAAAUCUAUCACAAGGAACUGCCAGACAGUUAUAAAACUAUGACAGGAAUGGAUUAAAUUUAUAUUUACAUGGUUUUAAAAUGUUUAAGUAAAUUGUACCUGUAGAUUAAUGUGUGCCAUAUUAUAAGAAGUAGUGGACAUUUGGUUUAACUAAAUAUCUGACUUAAAUUUUCUAAUGUCUAUGAUUUCCAUGAAGACAACUUGUUUGUA